AUGGAUAAUAUAAAAGAUAUAUCAUCGGCUCCGGCACCACCCCAAGUGGCCCAUGAACUUCCUGAGGAGGAUAAGCAAGUUCAGUCACCCACACAAGAUCAGAAACGUGUGGAACAAGUGUCAUCUCCAAUUUCUGCAAAUACAUCGUUAUUUGAAGUCCCUGCUCCUCCAUCUGCUCCUGAUAGAGACGACCCCAAGCUACCAAAGGAGGAGGAAGAGGAGGUGUUUCGCGCCUUGCAAAGCAUAUUCCAGAGUGUGGAAGAGGAAGACGGGAGCUUUGGCGUCAAAGGGUUGUUGAAUUCUCUGGAUGAAGUGGAUGGAGAAGCUCGUUGCGGCCAAAGGAACCUCAAUAUUUUGAAGGGGGUGGUGGAUAAACUUGGUCUUCUCUGGAGAAGCGGUUCUACUUACAUGACUCGAUCUGCUGAGGUGCUAGCGAAUGGAUGUCGAGACCCUUCGUGGCGGGUACCGUAUGGUCAAAGUGGGAUAUUGGAAUUCUUUCUUCGGAUUAUUGCGACAAAUAACGUGGAUGACGAUAUCUUGCUACAUUCCUUGCGACUCAUUGGAAACUCUUGUGCCGAUACGAAUGAAAAUAGGCAGCUGGUCGUCGAGAAGAAUUACACACUUCCAAUCAUCAAACUAUUCCGGAAUCCCGCGGUGCUCCAUGUUGCUAUACCCGUGAUAUACAAUAUUUGUACUGAUUUUGAACCUGCACAAGCUCAAGUGGCAGCAAAUGGCAUUGGAUAUAGCCUCCUUUCUCUCCUUUCCGAAAGCCUCAUCGAAGAAAAUGCUCUGUUGAUUUAUACGUUCGAACUCCUUGAAACAGCAACUGACCAAUCCCAAGGAGUUGCAAGGUCACCGGAUGGCACUCUCCCAUUGAUCAUCAAUCUCGCAUCGGAUGAAGAUAUAGAUUUUAACCGUUUUGAGGUGCAUCCACCCUUGGCCGAUGUACGACAUAUCUUCUUCGCGAUUCUUUUUCCAGAAGAGGUUCAAUACUCGCACAACUGCGGGUUGAGGAUUAACCCAAGCGCUCUCAAGCAUCUCUGCCUUUCCAGUUGUUCUUUCAGGGAGGUCCCCUCCCCAACAGUAAACUUUUUGAAACCCUGCGAUCGUGGCCUUGAGGAACCCGAAGGCCAAUUGCAGGUAUGUGCCUGCGUCAUGCUCGGCAAUCUAGCCCGGGAAGAUGCCAUAUGUAUAUCGAUGGUUCAAGAUUUCAAAAUUCACGUACCUCUGAUAUCAAUUCUCAAUGGCAAUACCAUAGGCGCUGUUCUGCACCCCGUCCUAGGGUUCCUGAAGAACCUCGCCAUCGCUGGCCAUAACAAAGAGCACCUUGGAUCAGCAGGAAUUAUCAAAGCAGUAUCUCGCCUCUGGGCAUUCGAGAGCGUUCCCCAAGUCCAAUUCUCAGCAGCCUGUCUCACACGCCAAGUGAUUGUCUCCUCAUUCUAUAACAUCUCCCGCCUGAUGGAACCCCUCUCCGCUGACCAUGAUUCCCCCACAAAUUCCCGCACUUAUCUCUCUCUGCUCCUUUCCCUUUUUCAAAAAACCGACUCCACCCCCAUCAAGAUUGAAAUCGGCCGCACGAUCUGCGCGAUAUGUCGCUCCAUAAGCCAACGGCGGCAGCAAAACGGAACUGACUUGGCCGUCGAAGUUUCGAUCGUUUCCGAACGGCUGUAUAAACUGCACGAGGAUGUUGCGCUUCCUAUUGGAGCAAUGGUAGCGCAGACUGAGUGGCCUGUUGUGCAGAGUGAGGGGUGGUUUGCGCUUGCUCUGAUGGCAUCUACGCAAUUAGGUUCACUGGCCGUUGUCAAAAGCUUGCAGAGUAUGAAAGUUUUCCAACUGGUUAUCGACACAGUUAAAGCGGUUAUAUCUGAGGUGUCGAUUGGGGAGUCGGUGCAGGAGAAGACGGAGCGGUUGAAGAAGUCAAAGGAUCGGGACAAUGCUAUCAUCCUUGUGAAUGGAUUGUUGAAGAACAAUCCAAUAACUCUCCCUAACGCAAGAAGGGAAAUGCUUGAGGAUCUCAUGCGUGAUGUUGCAGGGACUUAUCAGGCGAGCUAG